AUGUACGGCGUGGAUCGUAACACACCGGCAUGCUCUAUGGGUGGUGUAGCAAUACUGAUUCUCAACAAAAUUAAACACCAACACAUUCCUAUACCUGUUCUUCAGAGCUUAGAAGCCACAACAGUGCUAAUUAAUUUUAAUAAUCGUUCUAUCCUAAUCGUCAGCUCUUAUCAACCACCAAGCCGCACAAUGCACAUCUCCGAUUAUGUCAAAGUAAUGAACCUAUACAAUAACCCUAUAAUGGCCGGUGAUUUAAAUUCAAAACAUAUUAAUUGGAGAUGCCGUGUCUCGAAUCCAAACGGUUUAUAA